AUGGAGGUGAUUGAAUCAAGAGCAGUGCAUGAUUUAAAUUUGGCUUCAAGAAAAGCCCAAGAUGCAGCUUCGAGGAGGAUUCAAGCUACUGAAUGGCUUGAGAGUUUUGUGGGUCCAUUAGGCAUAUCAAAAGAGCCAUCAGAGAAAGAAUUCAUUUCUUGCUUGAGAAAUGGAUUGAUUCUUUGCAAAGCCAUUAACAAGAUUCAACCAGGGUCUGUCCAAAAGGUUGUGGAGAUUAGUCGGCAUCCUUCGCAAUCUCUCCUGUGGGAUUCUCAGCCAUUGCCCGCCUAUCAAUUCUUUGAGAAUGUUCGAAACUUUCUGAAAGCAGUUGAAGACCUAAAUCUGCCAGUCUUUGAAGCUUCAGUUUUCGAAAGGGAUAAUAUGGAAGCGGAUUCAUCUACUAAGAUCGUUGAUUGCGUUUUGGGACUUAAAGAUUACAAAGAAAGGAAACAGAACCCAGGAGGGAAUGGAGUUUUUAAGCACAUCAAUAGAUGUCCGUUGGUUAUGCAUUCAAAUGGUAGGAACCCUAGACCAGCAGCAGGUUUAGAUCCCAACAGGCAAUUGGAUUUAUCCACAAAUUGUGGAAAACAGCCACCAUCUCAAAAUGAUCAUCAGAAGCAUGAAGAUUUGAUAGUGAAGGCGUUAACAGAAUGCAUGAUCAAUGCAAAAGAGAACUUAGAUGGUAACUUGCUGUCUUCUAUUCGUAAUGGGAAUACGGAUUCUGUUAAGUGGUUUAGUAAGAUCCUUUCAAGUGCUUUAGAGGAGCAACUUCAAUACAAGUUCCCUGAGUUGAACCCCAUUAUCAAAGAUGUAUCGGAAGAAGGUAGUAGAUCAACAACGAGUUCAGAGACUAGAAAUCGCAAAAGUUUUCAAGCUUGCUUGAACAAAGAUGAUUGCAACCACUGGCAGGUGUUUAAAGUACAAGAGAAAAAACUACAGAACCUGAAGGCAUUGUUGUCAAGCACGAAGGCGGAGUUUGGAGAUCUGCAGUCGCAAUGGCAACACGAUUUAAAACAAAUGGAGAGUCAGGUAGAGGAGUUAUCGACUGCUGCCCAAGGAUACCAUAAAGUCGUGAAAGAAAACCGGACUUUAUACAACAUGGUACAAGAUCUAAAAGGAAAUAUUCGAGUUUACUGCAGGAUCAGGCCUGCAUUUAGAGCUGACACGAAAAAUGUGAUUGAUUUUAUUGGAGAAGAUGGUUCGUUAGUCGUUUUAGAUCCUUCAAAACCAAAUAAAGAUGGAAAGAAGUUGUUUCAGUUCAAUCGUAUCUUUGGUCCAACUGCUACUCAGGAGGAGGUAUUUGCGGACACUCAACCGCUGAUAAGAUCUGUUAUGGAUGGUUACAAUGUGUGCAUUUUUGCUUAUGGGCAAACAGGAUCUGGGAAAACACAUACAAUGUGUGGUCCUUCUGGUGCAUCAAGAAAAGAACUGGGAAUCAAUUAUUUAGCUCUCAGCGACCUCUUUGAUCUAUCGAAUAGUAGAAAAGAUGUCAUAAAGUACGAGCUUUAUGUCCAAAUGGUUGAAAUAUACAACGAACAAGUCAGAGAUCUUGUCACUGGAGAUUCUGCAAACACCAGCAAAUUGGAGAUCCGUAGCUGCACAACUGAGAACGGAUUGAGCCUUCCUGAUGCCACCAUGCACUCGGUGAAGUCCACCACUGAUGUUCUAAACUUGAUGAAAGUUGGUCAAGUGAAUCGGGCUGUUAGUUCAACAGCACUGAACCACCAAAGUAGCCGAUCCCACAGCAUAUUGACGGUCCAUAUCCAUGGGAAAGAUGCAUCUGGCGGCACUAUUCGUAGCUGCCUUCAUUUGGUAGAUUUAGCGGGAAGCGAAAGGGUGGAUAAAUCAGAAGUCACCGGUGAAGGGCUUAAAGAAGCUCAAUAUAUAAACAAGUCACUUUCUUGUUUAGGAGAUGUGAUUACUGCCUUAUCUCAGAAGAACUCUUACAUUCCUUACAGAAACAGCAAGCUAACACUACUCCUUCAGAACUCAUUAGGAGGAAACGCGAAGACUUUGAUGUUUGCUCACGUGAGCCCAGAAGGAGAUUCUUUCGGGGAAACAGUUAGCACAUUGAAGUUUGCUCAACGAGCUUCGACUGUUGAACUUGGUGCAGCUAGAUUGAAUAAAGAAAGCAGGGAGGUCAUGGACCUUAAAGAACAGAUUGAGACCCUUAAGAGGCAAUUGGCUGAAAAGGAACCACAAAGUGCACAAACUGCUAACAGAUUAGAACCAAGAUCGCCAUUACCGAAACCAAAACCAGUACCUAUGAUGAUGGAAAGAACCCCACCUCGAUCAAGAAGGUUGAGCACUGAGAACAAAUGUCCACCCAAGAGUCCGAAUUCUGGUUCGAAAAGCAGAGCACUGAAAACAGAUGGAAGAAUUACAAGAAUUCCAUCGCUGGUGCUACCAAAAACACCUGAACCUCCUCAAGUGUCAAUCAGAAAUGCGAUAAUAAUCUCUUCAGAAAGCAAGGAGCCGACGGGUAUUACGAAUGGGAAAACAUCAUCAUCCCAUAUAAGGAAAUCACUUCGAACGAUUGGGAAACUAAUUAAUGGGUCCGAGAAAAGGAUUCAAAGUCAGAAAACGAAUGAAGUAGUAGUAGCCUCACCGGCAACUGUUGGUAGGCCAUCAAGACGACAAUCUCUAACUGGGAUUCAACCAUCAAGAAGAUCUUCCCUUGGAGGAGUUGAGAAUUGUCGGAAGGGUGCGAAAACGCCUCCACCAGUCGUCAAUUCUUCAAGCAAUAUGAAGCAGUGGAUGUAAAGGCUUGAUUGAUGAUGGCUGUGCGACCAAGUGAACUAACAUGGCGGGUGCUUUGACUUGAAGCAUAUUCUUGAGCUGCAAUUUACAGAAAGAAUGACAAUCUCUCAGUUUUAGUGGUGGUGUACAGACGAUAGUUCUUACAAUUGAUUCUGAGCAUUUCAUUUUGUUCGG